GGAGCAGCUAGUGAUGCUGUCUGUAUAAGCGCUCAGUAUUCCAGAUGCGCUCUACCUACAAAUCGAUAUUGUAUGCCUAUUUUUUGUUACUGCUGAGCGAUGAUUUUAGCUCAUAUUUAACCGCUGGAUAUCCUGCAGGACUGAGCACUGAAUCUUUAAACAAUUGCAUUAAGGAUCAACCGUUGGGUUUCUGAGCAAGGCACACGUCGGCGCAAUGGCUUCCUAUAAACAACGACAGGCAAAUAUUGACAAUUUCUUCAAGGGCGGUGCACAGAGAUCGCGUCCCGUUAUCCGCAACCUGCCCGUUAUCCGCAACCAGUACUCCGCUGGUCAUGGCAUGCCCAUGGGUGCAUAUAGGGGUACAUCAGUAUCAUCCGCCUCGUACCCUAGCCGUGAUGCUACCUGCAACCUCUACGUCUGUAUGCGGGCAGUGUCGGUCUGUGUGUUGGUGUGCGGCGCUCUGAUGCUUGCUUGUGGAUUAUUUCUGUACCCUGGUACCUUCCUGCUCGGGCUGUGCAUACCUGGUGGAAUUAUGAUCGUGAUUGUGCUCUUAGUCUGGUGCAUUAUGUAUGUGUGGGGAGGAACAUACUGUAAGAGUGAGGGCAGCAGUGAUGGAUGUAGGGGUACGAGUUACCGCCCAGCUGCGACCAGUGGGGACGAGGUGACAGUGGAUGUACAAUUGUCGCAAUCUGCGCCUGGGGAUGUGAUGUGUUCGUAUGGCCCGGAUACGAGAAUAACUGAGUCAAACUCGGUGGCACCACCUCCUAUAUAUAACCCAGUGAACGUGAGUGGUUCGUUUCCUGUGAGUGGUAGAAACAGCAGCCAUUCACCAUCUACUCCGCCACCACCCUACAAUGAGGUCACGUUCUAAACCAGCAUUGAGAAACACCUCCUCGAGAAUAUUUUCACCAUGAUACCACAGUAUCAGAGCGUGAUAUUGUAAUCGAUAACUGACAUAAUGUAUUAGUAUGCAACUCUUCCUUUCUGGAGAAGAUCAGAUAUCGAUGACGUCACUGUUCCCAACAGCUGCUGGUUAGGCCAAUUAAAGCCAUCGGAUUGUGGUAUUGCCACAAUGGAGUGGUAACCAGUGUUCUCAAACUGGAACAGCCCAUACGUUUAUGAUAUCGAUACGUUGUAACCUCUAGGUUCUGGAUGGAUACGUGCUUAAAGUGGAGUAACCAGACUGAAAUUUGGUGCGAACAAAGAAGAGAUAAAAAUGGCGACGCCAUCCUGAGAUUGAUCAUCUUGAGGCAUUGUUGUUGUUUGAGAACAGAUUUUACGGCGCUGUUAGCUUUUAUGAGAGACAGUUUUUAUGACGCACACAAUGAGGCCUAACUGAACAGAGUACGUUCUAAUAAAGUUGUCAAGGAUGCAGGGACAAAUUUUAAAUGUAAAAUGUCGGUGUAAUGUGCAAUUUAACAAGCUUGGGCCUAGAAGGCUUUUCACAAAAAAGUGCAUGGUUUGUGCGUUUGUUAAAGUAAUAACAUCAUAGUUCUUAUACAAUUCAUGUUUAUUGCAUAAAGCUACUUGAUAGAUAUAGGCAUACAAACGUUUAGUAACAGUUAAUGAUUUGGUAAGUUAAUUCAACUAAAUUAUACUGAAAAUGGCCACCAUUUUCUAUUUUGCUGUCCACACAUAAAUGUGAGGAGAAAAACUUGAAAUUAUUUUGCACUCGUAGUCGAAUAUUUCAAGGAACAUCAAACCCUUUGACCAGGGCCGGGAUGUCGGUUCCCAGGGCUAUAGACACGUGGCUCCCACGUGAUUUUGAACAGCUCUCAUGCAGGAGCUCUCUGAGAUUCAGUAGGAUUCAGGGUUGGUACUACGUCUGCUUUGGUUGGUAAACGAACUUUCUAUCGCAAUUACACAGCCCGAGUUUUUGCCAACCGAGUUUGGAAAAUGAAAAGCCAUAAAUAAACAACAAAAACAGAAGGCCAAACCAUAUACUAAUGUCACACAUCAGCUAUUAAAAAAAGUAGUGUUAAUUUUGUGAAGCAGAGCAACCAAUGGGAGGCAUUUUAUUUCAUUGUAAGUCUGCAACAAAAUGUUCAUCUGUUAACACAAUUGGAUAUUUUGCUAACAUUCGGCGGUCCAUGACAACGACAAUGGAAAAUGUCCAUACGUUAUUUGACCGCCAUGUUAUUCUUAGACAAAAAAAAUAAAUCCUAUCUCGAGUUAGGAUGGGUUCACUGCGUCCUGACGUCCUAAGUCCUAAGAUUAAAGUCAGGAAGCGCAUGGUGAAAUCGACGACUGAUCCCCAUUUUGUUAAUAUUAGGCCCUACGUUCCUGUUUACAAAUUCAGAUUUUGUGUAAUCAAUUAUUUUGUAUAAUAAUGAUACUCGGUUCUUAUAGAGCGCUUUGUCACACUCUUACACUGAAUAAGAAAUUGUCAUUACGUGGUUUAAUUUUACAGUCAAUUUGUCACACCCAAUCGAAAGAUUAGUCAGUUUGUCACGCAAUCGAAAGAUUAGUCAAAUCACAUAUAGGCUAGUCAAUGAUGACUAAGUAAUAUGCCUAUUAUAUCGUCUUUCAAUUGGCUUAAUUUUACAAAUUUUUCUAAAGAUACCUAGUAAAGUGCAACAAUUUCAAGAAAAUUAAUAAGUCCUACAUGAAAAAGUAUUAGUCUUUUAAUUAGUCCUACAACUCAAAUAAUCAGUCUUCCCGGACACUUCUAACUUCAUCACUGUUAUUGAUGUCCAACAACAUUCAACGUUAUGGUAAAAACAUUCGUUGCACUAGUGAAACUGUUUUACAACAAACACAACUUCAUAAAAAUUACAGGACGGUCGACUGAAUGUCAAGUUCACCUUAUACAAUUCGUUAGACCGCCUAUAGGAAGCAUUAGAAUAUUCCAUAUUUUAGGGUAAACCUGGUAAUACAUUGAGACGACGAAACCUUUGAGACAACUCGACCGACCGUGACGAGUUGACUUUGACAUCGAGAUAUCACGUUACAUGCACGUUGUCCAUUCUCUCACAAAAAAACUCGAAAUAAAAACAUGAUAAUUGGCGUACUUACCGGGUGUCAUUCUUGGUCCUACACAGUCCCCACUAUCUAUGCAUGUAGACACAUUCAAUAAUCAUGAAUGGAACAUACAAGUAAGAGUUUGUCCGUAGUUAUUUGAGCCGCGAGCCACAACCCUGGUUUACACGUUACACAGAACGAACAGACUGGAAAGCGUGCGAACUUCACUAUUUUAAGAUUGGUCACAUUUGCGCGGCGCACAGAGUGGCAAAUGAACGGCCGCUUAUAGCUGGGUUCGCCCCACCAAUGUUAUGACAUCAUGUACAUAAAGAGUCUACAUUUAUUAUGAAGGAACGAAUGAGAGGUUUUCACUUGGCCAGCUUGUCUUGCAAGAUGGAGACUUCUCAUUUUUGUCUUUAUAGGGUUCAGUGUUGAUCCCAGUCUUUUACGAGUAUAGGCCUACAAUUGGCAAUAAAAGUAGGCCUAUGCCAUAUCAAUUAGUCAGUUUAAAAUGGUUCAGUCAACAGUUUAUCAAUUAGUCAAACAAAAAGUAAGUUCUUAACAACAUUGUAAUUAGUCAUUGCAAAAGACAAGUAAGUCCGGAAGGUUUAAAAAAUUUCUUCAAUAGUCUUUGUGAUAACGUUUGACUAUCUUUUGUACAAAUUAACGUAGUAAUUUUUUCAGUGAAGGGGCGCAUCAAAGCGUUUAUUUCCCUGCAAAAUGCGGAGUUACGAUUUGAAGUUUAUGAAGACCUAUUCCUUUAAAGAAACGUGUAAUGGUUUACAAGGUGCUGUGGCGCAAUAUGCAGCCAAUCAAACCAGAAAA